GACAGUACGUUACUAAGUUCAGAGAUUCAAAGAUGAAAGGCAAAGGAAACAGAUAUAGCUAGCUAGGCGUUGGAGAAGCUAGAAAUCAAGAAAGAAAAGCUAGCUGGACGUUGAGAAAGUCCAAAACUCUAGGCAGUUGUUGUUGUUGUCGUUUGAUAUAUUAUGUCCCUCCAAAAUUAAGUAAUCACGCCAAAACUAAGCCAAACAAACAACCCUCCUCCUAACAGGACAGGAUCAGGAAGAGGAGCUAGGCUCGGCUCUUUCUGCAUGAGAUGCCAGUUUCCUAUCUUUUCUCUACGUGAAACCUACCUGCCCCCAGUCAAAUUCACGACAUCCGUCAUUCCUCUCUCUCUCUCUCUCUCUCUCUCUCUCUCUCUCUCUCUCUCAUACAAAUACCAUUUCUACCUAGUGGUACUACUCGAUCCUCACCAUAUAUACACAGUUGUAGCUAGCUUGUUUCUUUAUUCAUCAGUAAUCCUCAGCUCUCAACCAACAGCAAUCCUUAAACUAUAGAUUGAUCUUCUCAGCUGAUUUCUCUCCUCUUGUGCUCUAACUACUUGAGAUCAGUGUUUUAGUGAAGAAAGAUUAACGGAUCGAUUAGUAGUGAGGAAAGCGGCUAAGGAAAAAUGAAAGAGCAAACGAUAAUGAUGACGAGGCACUCGAACUCGAGCUCGGGAGGAAAUAAUCAGGUGGUGAUGGAUAUAGACGAAUCAGCAGCAGCAAGAGAAGGAGGAAGAGAAGGAGGAGGAGCAGGGGUGGUUGUAGGUGGUCUGAGUCCUCUGAGUGAAACCUUGUGGAAGGACACUAUCAAUAAUAGUUAUAGUCAUGGUGGAUUGACGAUAGGAGAUGUAUCUGCUAGGCUUACAUGGAAGGAUCUAACGGUGAUGGUGACACUAAGCAAUGGAGAAACACAAAAUGUUUUGCAAGAUCUAACUGGUUAUGCAGAGCCUGGUUCUUUCACAGCACUCAUGGGUCCCUCUGGCUCCGGUAAAUCUACGCUUCUUGAUGCUCUCUCCAGUCGCCUCGCUGCCAAUGCCUUCCUCUCCGGUACUAUUCUCCUCAAUGGCCGUAAAACCAAGCUCUCCUUCGGCACUGUUGCAUACGUGACACAAGAUGACAACUUGAUCGGUACCCUAACUGUUCGGGAAACAAUAUGGUAUUCGGCUCAACUACGUCUCCCCGACAAACUUUCGAGGUCAGACAAGCGGGCAUUGGUUGAGAGUACCAUAAUGGAAAUGGGUCUUCAGGAUUGUGCUGAUACUGUCAUUGGGAAUUGGCAUUUGCGUGGCAUCAGCGGUGGAGAAAAGAGGAGGGUCAGCAUCGCCCUUGAAAUCCUCAUGCGGCCCAGACUCCUCUUCCUAGAUGAGCCUACUUCCGGACUUGAUAGUGCGUCAGCAUUCUUUGUAACUCAGACCUUGCGUGGUCUCUCUAGAGACGGGAGGACUGUCAUAGCUUCCAUCCAUCAGCCAAGCAGUGAUGUUUUUGAGCUUUUUGAUCGCCUCUACUUGCUCUCUGGUGGCAAGACUGUUUACUUUGGUCAGGCUUCUGAAGCUUACGAGUUCUUUGCACAAGCUGGCUUUCCCUGCCCUCCUUUGAGGAACCCAUCUGAUCAUUUUCUUAGGUGCAUCAAUUCUGACUUCGACAAAGUUAAGGUUACACUGAAAGGAUCUAUGAAACUGCGGUUUGAGUUGAGUGAUGAUCCUCUGGAGAAGAUAACAACGGCUGAAGCAAUUCGAACUCUUACUGACUUUUAUCGUACUUCUCAGUACUGUUACUCAGCAAAGGAGAAAGUCAAUGAGAUAUCUAAAGUCAAGGGAACUGUGCUUGAUUCAGGAGGCAGUCAAGCUAGUUUCUUGAUGCAAGCCUUUACUUUAACAAAGCGUUCGUUCAUCAACAUGUCAAGGGACUUCGGGUAUUACUGGCUGAGGCUUGUAAUCUACGUUGUGGUCACUAUCUGCAUCGGAACCAUCUAUUUGGAUGUGGGGACAAGCUAUACUUCUAUCUUGGCUAGAGGUGCUUGUGCUUCCUUCGUCUUUGGUUUUGUCACUUUCAUGUCUAUUGGUGGGUUCCCUUCCUUUGUAGAAGACAUGAAGGUAUUUCAAAGAGAGAGAUUGAAUGGCCACUAUGGUGUUACUGCGUUUGUGAUAAGUAACACGAUAUCUGCAAUGCCAUUUCUUAUCAUGAUCACGUUCAUCUCCGGAACUAUUUGCUACUUCAUGGUCCGUCUCCACCCGGGCUUUGAACACUAUCUCUUCUUUGUAUUGUGCCUUUAUGCAAGUGUAACUGUUGUUGAAAGCUUGAUGAUGGCCAUCGCUAGCAUCGUCCCCAACUUCCUCAUGGGUAUCAUAAUAGGUGCUGGAAUACAGGGAAUAUUCAUGUUAGUCUCUGGGUACUUCAGACUUCCAAAUGACAUACCAAAGCCUGUGUGGCGUUACCCAAUGUCGUACAUCAGUUUCCACUUCUGGGCUUUACAGGGGCAAUACCAGAAUGACCUCAAGGGGUUGUUUUUUGACAACGAACCUCCAAGUAUUAUAAAAAUCCCGGGCGAAUACAUACUGGAGAAUGUGUUCCAGAUUGAUGUAAACAGAUCAAAGUGGAUUGAUCUGAGUGUAAUCUUCUGCAUGAUAGUCAUCUACAGGAUCAUUUUCUUCAUCGUGAUCAAAAUUAGUGAGGAUGUUACCCCUUGGAUCAGAGGUUGCAUAGCCAGGAGAAGAAUGCAACAGAAGCACAUAAGUGGAAAUCAGACCACUACAGUUGCAGUUGCUCCCUAUAGUAUCACCCAUUCUCCUUCCUUGAGGACCUACGUCGACGACCAUAGUUCCGAUCAUCGGACUUCUAAAAGUCGUCUUAGGAGCUAGAAACUAGAUUGAGUGACAAGAAGUCCUAUUGUUUCAUGCUAGUAUAUUAUAACCAAACAAUGAAGAGCUCAGCUAGAUAGCUUGAGCCAUACAUGUCCGUAGUAGUUCUAGUAUUAUUGGUCCUAUACAUGUAAGCAGGUAGGUGUAAUUGGUUUACUUAAUGGUGAGUUUCUGCUAUGGAGGUCAAUAACCUGGGGUGCUAUAAAACAAAGGGAACACUUUACUAAUGAGUAAUGACUAACUUAUUUGAAACUUCA